CGGUCCCUGCGUGCUUUGGCAUCCGUGUGUCUGUCUCCCGCGUCCAUCGGCCGUCCGGUCCCCGGCCCAGUGCGUCGACGUCGUCGUCAUCGCCGCGAGGAGGCGAGGGUGUAGUCCCGCGAGGGCGUCUCGGAAAUCGCUCCAUCAUGAGAAAUCUGAAGUUGCUCCGGACACUGGAAUUCAGAGAAAUUCAAGCACCUGGGAAACCUCAUUGCUUCUCUCUCCGAACUGAGCGGGGGACAGUGCUCAUCGGCUCAGAAUGUGGGCUGAUUGAAGCAGAUCCUGAGAAAAGAGAGGUGAAGGCUGAAAUUUCCUUGGUGGCAGAAGGCUUUCUUCCAGAGGAUGGAAGCGGCCGCAUUGUGGGUAUCCAGGGCCUGCUGGACCAGGAGUCUGUGUGUGUGGCCACCGCCUCUGGGGAUGUCAUACUCUGCAAUCUGAGCACACACCAGCUGGAAUGUGUUGGGAGCGUGGCCAGUGGUAUCUCUGUCAUGAGCUGGAGUCCCGAUCAAGAACUGGUGCUUCUUGCCACAGGUCAAGAGACACUGAUUAUGAUGACAAGAGACUUUGAAGUCAUCACAGAGAAGCCGAUACACCAAGAUGAUUUUGGUGAAGGCAAGUUUGUCACUGUUGGAUGGGGCAGUAAGGAGACGCAGUUCCACGGCUCAGAAGGCAGGCAAGCAGCCUUUCCGGUGCAAAUGCAUGAGUCUGCCCUGCCCUGGGAUGACCAUAGACCACAAAUUACUUGGCGUGGGGAUGGACAGUUUUUUGCUGUGAGUGUUGUUUGCCCACAAACAGGGGCUCGGAAGAUCAGAGUGUGGAACCGGGAGUUUGCUUUGCACUCAACCAGCGAGCCUGUGCCAGGACUGGGGCCCGCCCUGGCUUGGAAACCCUCAGGCAGUUUGAUCGCCUCUACUCAAGAUAAACCCAACCAGCAAGAUAUUGUCUUUCUUGAGAAAAAUGGCCUUCUUCAUGGACAGUUUACACUUCCUUUCUUCAAAGAUGAAAUUAAAGUAAAUGACUUGCUGUGGAAUGCAGACUCCACUGUGCUUGCUGUGUGGCUGGAAGACCUUCCGAGGGAAGAUGGCACUUCUCCUCUGAAAAGCUAUGUCCAGCUCUGGACCAUGGGGAACUAUCACUGGUAUCUCAAGCAAAGCCUGCCCUUCAGCACCAGUGGGAAGAACCAGAUCGUGUCUCUGCUGUGGGACCCGGUGACGCCAUACCGGCUACAUAUUCUGUGUCAGGGCUGGCGUUAUCUCUGCUGCGACUGGCACUGGACCACUGACCGGAGCUCUGGAAAUAGUGCCAGUGACUUGGCAAAUGUGGCUGUUAUUGAUGGAAAACGGGUGUUGAUAACGGUAUUCCGGCAGACUGUGAUCCCUCCUCCCAUGUGUACCUACCGGCUGCUAUUCCCACAUCCAGUGAAUCAAGUUGUGUUCUCUGCUCAACUUGAAAAGAGCAAUGACCUUGCUGUCCUUGAUGCCAGCAACCAGAUUUCUGUCUACAAGUGUGGCGAUAAGCCAGACAUGGAUUCCACAGUGAAACUGGGAGCCGUGGGUGGAAAUGGAUUUAAAGUUCCCCUUAGAACACCUCAUCUGGAAAAGAGAUACACAGUUCAGCUUGGGAACACUGAAGACGAGGGGGUUAACCCACUGCCGCUGAGCUUUUUCAGCUGGGUUGAAGAAGACGCUUUCCUGGCUGUGAGCCACAGCCACUCCAGCCUGCAGUCUGUCAUCCACCAUUUGACUAUGGUCCCUUCCGAGAUGGCUGAAGAGCAAGGACAUCUGGAUGUCAGUUCAUCUGUGACUGUGGAUGGGGUCAUCAUUGGUUUAUGUUACAAUUCCAAGACCAAGUCAGUGGUGGUGCAGCUGGCUGAUGGCCAGGUGCUCAAGUGCCUUUGGGAAUCACCACCUCUGGCUGUGGAACCGUGGAAGAACUCUGAAGGAGUUCCUGUUCGAUUCGCUCAGCCGUGCACACAGAUGGAAGUGGCCAUGAUUGGAGAACAGGAGUGUGUCCUUGGUCUGACUGACAGGUGUCGCUUUUUCAUCAAUGACACUGAGGUGGCAUCGAAUAUCACGUCGUUUGCAGUGUGCGAUGACUUUUUACUGUUGACAACCCAUUCCCAUACCUGCCAGUGUGUUUCCCUGAGGGAUGCUUCACUUAAAACGUUACAGGCUGGUGUGUCCGGCAGCCAGGAGGCCAAAGGAGAAAAUGUACGGAAAGUGGAAAGGGGUUCCCGGAUUGUCAUAGUUGUUCCCCAGGACACAAAACUUAUACUACAGAUGCCGAGGGGAAACUUGGAGGUUGUUCAUCAUCGGACCCUGGUCUUGGCUCAGAUCCGGAAGUGGCUGGACAAACUUAUGUUCAAGGAAGCAUUUCAAUGCAUGAGAAAACUGAGAAUAAACCUCAAUCUCAUUCACGACCACAACCCUAAGGUAUUUCUUGAAAAUGUGGAAACCUUCAUAAAGCAGAUAGAUUCUGUAAAUCACUUUAACUUGUUUUUCUCAGAACUAAAGGAAGAAGAUGUCACAAAGACUAUGUACCCUUCACCGGUUUCCAAGAGUGUCCAGGUGUCCAGGGAUCCUGAUAGGAGGAAAGUUGAUCAUAUAUGUGAUUCUAUGAGAAUAGCCAUGGAGAACAUCAAUCCUCACAAGUACUGCCUGUCAAUACUCACGUCUCAUGUGAAGAAAACGACCCCAGAACUGGAGAUUGUGCUGCAGAAGGUACACCAGCUUCCAGGAAAUGUUCCCUCUGGUGCUGACGCUGUGAGUGCAGAGGAGGCCCUGAAGUACCUGCUGCUCCUUGUCGAUGUCAAUGAACUAUAUGAUCUUUCUCUUGGGACCUAUGACUUUGAUUUAGUCCUCAUGGUAGCUGAGAAGUCACAAAAGGACCCUAAGGAAUAUCUUCCAUUUCUUAAUACACUUAAGAAAAUGGAGCCUAAUUACCAGCGGUUCACCAUAGACAAGUACUUGAAACGCUAUGAAAAGGCCCUUGGGCACCUCAGCAAGUGUGGACCUGAGCAUUUCGCAGAGUGCCUACACUUUAUAAAGGAUAAAAACUUGUAUAAAGAAGCUCUGAAGUUGUAUCAACCCAGCUCACAGCAGUACCGGAUAGUCAGUAUUGCUUAUGGAGAACACCUGAUGCGGGAGCGCCUGUACGAGCCAGCGGGGCUUGUGUUUGCCCGAUGUGGGGCCCGCGAGAGGGCUCUCUCAGCGUUUGUGGCUUGCGGCAGUUGGCAGCAAGCUCUCUGUGUGGCUGCCCAGCUUCAUCUGACCAAAGACAAGAUAGCUGGCCUUGCUAGAACUCUGGCAGGAAAGCUGGUUGAGCAGAGGAAGCACAGUGAGGCAGCCACAGUCCUGGAGCAGUAUGCCCAGGAUCAUGAAGAGGCUGUGGUACAGCUGCUGGAAGGGGCUGCCUGGGAGGAAGCUCUGAGGCUGGUAUACAAGUAUAACAGAUUGGAUAUUAUAGAAACCAGUGUGAAACCUUCCAUUUUAGAAGCCCAAAAAAAUUACAUGGCCUUUCUGGACUCGCAGACGGCCACAUUCAUUCGCCAUAAAAACCGUUUGCUGGUGGUUCGAGAGCUCAGGAACCGAGCACCACAGAUACAUGUGGACAGCGAGGUGGUCCGUGGUCCAGAGUCAGACCUCUUCUCAGAGAGCGGCAGUGAGUUGAGCAGCAGACACUCCCACAGCAGCUCCAGGAUAACUGCGAGGUCGUCUAAAAACCGGCGCAAGGCGGAGCGCAAGAGGCACAGCCUCAAAGAAGGGAGCCCCCUGGAGCACCUGGCCCUUUUGGAGGCGCUGAGUGAGGUGGUGCAAAGCAUUGACAAGUUGAAAGAUGAAGUGCAGGCCAUCUUAAAGGUGCUCUUUCUCUUCGCAUUUGAAGAGCAAGGGAAGGAGUUACAGGCGACCUUUGAGAACACUCUGAAGCUGAUGGAGAGGGCCGUCCCAGAAAUCUGGACUCUUGCUGGCCAGCAGGGUUCAGUCCCAUCUAUCCUCGGUCCGAAUUCCACCGUGAACAGCAUCACCUCCUCUUACCAGCAGCCGCCGCCGCCUCCUGCCCCCGCUGUCGACGCCGGGGUUUACGUUCCACCAAGGAUUGACCAGAGAAGCCCGUGGAAGCUGAGCCUGCUGGACUGACCGCCCUGGAGGAAGGCACCACUGGGAGCACCGUUUGCCCUCUCACUCCUCCUCCUCGUGCUUGUAGCUCCUGUCCUCAGAGGCCUGCUGUGGAAAACUGGGGUAGAGGUCCACCUUGCCCUGCCCACAGCUGCUACGUGCCCCCCCACUUUAGCUAGCACUGGGCAGUCUGGUAUUUAUGUUGGGUGUACAGCGUAGGUACUGUCAGACUUCGUUUUAGCCAGCACAUCACCGUUUUGUUUGUUUUUUAAUUGCUGUUUUUAGCUGGGCAUGGUGAAGCAUGCCUAUAAUCCCAGCAACUGCAAGUUCAAAACCACUCAGAACAACCCAACUUGCUGUUAUAUUUAGUGCUAGUUGAGAAAUGGUUACUAGAGAAAAAACAAUCAAGAACUUGAUUCUCAUUCCCAGAUCCAGGCCUACUUUCUGUUGCAAGGACAACUCUCAUCAUUGAUUUCAUCCUCAGUUCCUGUUUUUAUAGGGAAUGAUGUUUCAUUCUACCUCAAAAAAAAAAAAGUGGAAUCACGUUUCUAAGUUGUUUUGCAUUGCUGACAUAGUGUAUUGUGUGAAAAUGGACUCUUAGUGCUGCCAGCUUUAGUCAGAUGUGAGUGCAUAGCUGGCAUCUUUUUACCCAACUCAAGGCUGAAUAAAAAGUUAAAUGUG